ACCGGCCGGCCAGCAGCGGCUCGGGCUGUCUGCGCAGUCUCUUCUACCUGCACAACGAGCUGGGCAACAUCUACACGCACGAAACUCUUUUGUGAGCUCUGCUGUCCCAGAAGUUACUGAAGGCACAGGGCCUGCCUCUGUCAGCCCGGUCGCUAGUGUGCUCACAGCAUUGUCAAGACCUGUCUUGCCUCAUCCCCCUUGUAUUAUCUCUAGACUGUGGACUCCCUGAGGAAAUGACUUGUCCUCUGUGCUCAAGCCCUGUGAUGGGUAAUUAUCUCCUCCCCCAGGGCUAGCCUUGCUAGGCUUCCUGGUGCUGCUGCCGAUGACCAUGCCGUGGGGUCAGCUGGGCAAGGAUGGCUGGCUGGGGGGUACGCACUGUGUGGCCUGCCUGGCACCCCCCGCAGGCUCUGUGCUCUAUCACCUCUUCAUGUGCCACCAAGGGGGCAGCGCUGUGUAUACCCGACUCCUUGCCCUGGAUAUGUGUGGGGUCUGCCUUGUCAACACCCUCGGGGCCCUGCCCAUCAUCCACUGCACCCUGGCCUGUAGGCCCUGGCUGCGUCCGGCUGCCCUGGUGGGCUACACCGUGCUGUCAGGUGUGGCUGGCUGGCGGGCCCUCACAGCUCCCUCCACCAGUGCCCGGCUCCGUGCCUUCGGUUGGCAGGCUGCUGCCCGCCUGCUGGUGUUUGGGGCCCGGGGAGUGGGGCUGGGCUCCGGGGCUCCAGGCUCCCUGCCCUGCUAUCUGCGCAUGGAUGCACUGGCACUGCUUGGGGGACUGGUGAACGUGGCCCGCCUGCCGGAGCGCUGGGGACCUGGCCGCUUUGACUACUGGGGCAACUCCCACCAGAUCAUGCACCUGCUCAGCGUGGGCUCCAUCCUCCAGCUGCACGCCGGCGUUGUGCCAGACCUGCUCUGGGCCGCCCACCACGCCUGCCCCCCAGACUGAGCCACCUCCUGCCCGCCAUGCCGGCCUCUCGACAGUCUUCUAGGACCACCAAUACCGUGCUUCACUCCUGCUGGUCUUCGAGGGGCCGAAUGCCUGGAUGCUUCCAGCAAACAGGACUCCCCAGCUGGGAGACCUCAUCUGUUCGUCCAUUCGUCCCUGUGGACUCAUCUCUUCUACUCACACCUCGGAGCUCUGGCUUCCCCUCCCUGCCACCUUCUUUCAGGGUACUGUCCGUGUAGGCUAGAAGGAAACCUUUCCUUCCUAGGCCUCAGUUUAUCCUCUGUGACCUAUGAGGGUAUGGCCAGAGCAACUCCGGGGUCAUGUCUGGCUCUGACAGUUGGAAUCCUACCAGCCCAGAGCCAUGAGCCCACCCUGCCCAACACGUAAGGUACCUCAUGGGGGCCUUGCCCAGCCUCCAGCCCGUAUUCCUGACCUCUGUCUUUCUGCUCUGCAUACCAGCCCUCCCUGCAGCCUGAGGCUCACCCACCCCUUCUCCCUUCUGUCCGGAGACUGUGGAGUGAGGGGUUGGGGCAACAGGACUAGUCUCUUAUCCCAGGACCACGGGGUAGGAGGGCGGCUGCAGGUACUUUCUCCAGGCAGCUAGCACAGAGACAUAAAGAGCAGAGUGGCCCUGGACUCAGGGCCCCACUGGGCUGAGGGCCCCUCCCCACUUUGAGUGCCAUGCUCUGAUGGCUCGACCUACACAGUGGGGACGCGCCUGCUCAGGAAAUCUCUGCUCCACACGGCGCAUGGCUCCUACCUCCAGUCAGCUGGCCUGGGGCCCUGCAUCAGGGCUCAGCCUCCGCCCACCCUGGGGCCUCAGACCUGGGGCAACAUCAAUAAAAGGGGCAGGAAGCGCUGUGUUGCCACACAAGCAAGCUUGGGUGCUCCCAAGAUUCAAAUACCUUUUAUUAGACAUGGGUAGGCAGGAGGCACCUCUGGAGUUCCCAGAGGGACCCAGCCUCCAGGAGGAUUGGGGGGUGGCUAAAAGGUUAAAAGCACCAAGGCUGGCCUGUAGAUUCAGGUUGGGCCCAGUGAGUCCUCAAACAGGCUGAGGAGGUUCCGAGGUUCAAAGGAGGGGAAGGAACCCCGAGGGGGCUCAGAGUCAAUGUCACUUAGGUCCAGGGCAUCCCUGGGGUGGGGGGGAAGAGAGACAAAUGACACUUAGGUUCUGAAAGCCACUACCUCCCACCCCCCUGGACUCUGGGCCUGCUCACCUCAGUGAGUACCUGUUCCGGGGGGCGGGGGAGCCAUGACGGGGGGUGGAGGUAUUCCCGACAGCCCUGGCCAGGACGGCCUCUGGAGAGAGUGAGAGCCUGCACGGGGUGGGCCAGACAAGUAAGGUGUCGAGGGGUGGGGAGUGCACUGGGCGGAGGCCACAGCUGGGUAGGGGCAGCAAGAUCAACCCUGUCCCUGUGCAGGUGCCAGGCUCCAGCCUGGCAUGGGCCGGGGGGGGGCACAAUGGGGACUAGCAGAAACGCGGUGCCCUUUGAGAGAAGCACUUUCACAGCUUUGAAAGGCCAUCUGACCACACUCAAAGGCUACCUCCGUUCUGUCUCAGAACACAUGGGUUAGGAGAGCUGGCUUUGUAGUGAACUUGUGAAAAUGAAGCUUUUCUGGUACUUCCUGUCGACAGGACGUGUCCCCGUGGCAAGGGGGUGACAUUUCCGUAAGGAAGGGGUUAACGGUGUGAUUCCUCCUGAGGCCUGUGUCCCAAGCAUAUGAUUUUUUUUGCAGCAGUUUCUUAAUUACAGCCCCUCACCUGACCACCAGGAGUUUCCCAGGGCCCAGCUCCCCAGUGCCUCAUCUGUGGGCACUAGCAGCCCCUGCUGUUGGGGGGGGGGGGUGCUGUGGCCCUCACUGCUCCCUCAGGUGGCAGUGCCUGAAGCCUGAAGUUGCCAGUUCUGCUCUGCUCUGCACAUUGCCUGCACUGAGCUUGGAAGAGACAGCUGCAUUCAAAGCAGGCCAGGCUGCACCCCCACUGGCCCUGGUUCCCAUACCAGGGCAUGAUGGGAGCCAGGUUUGUGGGAGGGGUCCUGCUCACUGCUGAUCCCCUUGGGUCUGGGGCCUGGCCGUGCUGACCGCCCCUUUCCCCCGCCCCCAGCACCCUCAGCUCUCACCCACCCUAUGCUGUCGUCAUCCCAGCUGCUGGAGAGGCUGCUGUCCAGGAGGAGGCUGCAGGGCGGGGAGCCAGGUGGGGUGGCUGGUGGGCUUGGGGGCUGCAGCCAGCUGGCAGGGUGAGCCAGCCCAUGCCAGAGCCAGCACAGCAAGGAAAGCAGGGCCUGUGGGGACACAGAUGAGGGAGGCAGGUCAGACCCUGGGCUAGGGAGCAGGGCGGGACGUCCUGCCACCAUCGCCCGACUUACCUGCCACAGGGCCCACCCUCGACUGAAGGCGUCAGCAGCCAUAUACCACAGAACGCUCCAGGGCCGAGGCUGCCUGAGCAUGGGCAGGGCCAGCAGGGCCGAGGCUGUGGCCCGCAGCUUGGGGUCAGGUUCUAGCAUCAUGGUGAGGACAGAACGCAGCUCGGAAGACAGGCCUGUCCACAGGGCAGGGCCAUGUCAGGGGUGACUGGGCUAUGAGCCCAGUUGUCCCCCACCACCAGCCAUUUCCUCCCACACGAGCCUGCCCUCCCUGGGGCAGCAUGGUCCUCUCCAUCCUUGCCCUCCACUUACCAGCCGUGAAUUCAGGGGGCAGAUAGCCCUGGCGAAGCUGCUGCCAGCCCUCCCCACCAUGGGGUAGCUCCAUGUUGCACGCCACUUCCAGGAUAGUGAGACCCAGACUGGGAAGGACGGGGGCAGUGACAGAAGAGGGGCAAGGUUGGCCUUGGGACACAGACCCUAGAGCUCCAGGCUGCCCAAGAAGAGGGUGAGAAAGGGCUGCGAUCUUCUGCCAUGAGCCAGGGAUGUGGGCCCCAACAGGGCCAGUGAUGGGACCGUGUCAUCAGCAUGGACCCCAGGCAGAGCACAGCCUGUAGCACCUGGUGAGUCCUCCUGGCACCCCUCACCGGACAGGCACUAUGGUUACUAAUGUCACUACCAUCGUUCUAUUGACAAGGCUGGAUAUGGCUGUUCGAGGCCGCUCAGGGGUUACUAGCAUGGACGGUGGAACCCAGUGCCUGGUCUACUCCCAGCCUCACCACUUGCUAACUGGACUUCGGGCAAGUCCCUCAACCCCACUGUGUCCGCUGCCUGUAAAUGGAGUCAUUGUCCCCACUGUGGGGGUGUGGUGAGGAAAUGGGUGGAUGCACGUAAAGUGGCUCCAAAGCGUUCACUGCUUAGACAGCCUGACUCUGCAGAACCCCCUCAACUACAGGGCAGGCCUCCACCCCUUUGGAGCAGCAUGUCCGGCCCAAGGCCAAGUCUUCCUGACUUUGGGCUAGGGUGGCGUUUCCCUCCCUCUGCUAACUGCACCCUGCCCUGCGCUGCCGAAGAGCCUCCCCCAUCCCAGCCCUCACCUGAACACAUCCGCUGCUGUCCCAUAGGAGCCCUGCAACAGCUCAGGAGCCAUGUACCGGGGGUCUCCCUCCUGGGCCUCACCAGCUCCAGACGUACCCAGCUCCACCAGCAGCCCAAAGUCACCCAGCUUGCACCGGCCCCGGGGCCCCAGGAAGAUGUUGGCAGGCUUGACGUCAAGAUGGACCAGGCCUUGGCCGUGGAGGUGAGCCAGGGCAAGCAGGGUAUCCCGCAGGUAGCCCCAGACCUGGGCCUCGGGCAGGCCGGCGCCCCAGGCCUCACAGUGCUGCUGCAGGCUGGGCCCACACAGCUCCGUCUGCAGGUACAGGAUGCCGCCCUCCUCCCAGGCUUGCUCCAGCCGCACGCAGCGUGGGUGCUGCCCCACCUUCUCGUGGCCGCCCACCUCGGCCAGCUUGUGGGCCCGGUCCUUGGGGCCCCGGAACGGUGACAUAGAACGCUUUAUGGCAUAGAGCCGGCCAUCUUCCUUAGAGCGUACCUGGAAGGGAGGCAGCACAACCACUUAGGAGGGCCAUCCGGCAGAUUCCACUACGACUGUACGUGUGUGGGACUUGUAGCAUGGCGUCUACCUUAGAGAGACCCACACACGUGCAAUAGCAAAACUGGGUAAGCCACUCGAGCUCUAAGUCUUGACCCAGAAGGGUCUCCAUGGCACGUUGUUCUAUGCAGAAAGCUGGGUGCAAAACCAUGUGGGCAGAAUGACCCGCUGUAUAGAAUAGACAGCGAGUUUGUCUCUAUAUGGUCAACUUUGGAGAUGUAUAGAGAAAGGUCUGGAAGGAAGGACACCCACCUGAGAAGCAUAGUAGAUUCCUCUGAGAAGAACUAGUCUAGGGGCCGGUGUUGUUUGUACUUUUUAACAACAAAAUUGUCUCCAUGUAGUACUUGUGUAAGGAGAAUUACCAUUUUAAAGGACAUAUAAGUGAUUGGAAAUAUAUUUUAAGAAAAAAAAAGUGGCAUGGAGGGUGUAGCCUGAAUGCGGGCUGGCCUGAGGUGAUGGGGGAGGGGGCUGGCUCCAGGGCAGGAGGAAAGGCAGCCAGGAGCCACUGUAAAGCAUGCCAGGCUCUGGACAAGGGGAACGUGUGUGUUGAGGGGCCUGAGUGGGGGGAAGGAGAAAGCAGUCAAAUCAGGCACUGAGGAAGGGAGCCUGUCAAGCCAGUGGAAGCAGGCUGCCCAGGACACUGUCCCAUCCAGGCAUGGGAGGGAGGCGGGAUGGGGGAGAUCCCCCAGCAGGCCCAGGGAGUUGUCACCCCACUCACCUUGAAGACCUCUCCAUAAGAGCCGUGGCCCAGGCGGCCAAGCCUCUGGAAACUCUGUUGGAAAAAGGACUCUGGCCGGCUGGGGUCAUAUGAGGGGCUCUGCAGGGUCUCAGAGGCUCUGCCUCGGAAUGACACCCUCCGGGGCUGGGGCUGGUGCCAGCCUGGGGUCCGAGGAGGGAAGAGGCGGCUGAUAGGGAUGCUGCCCUUGGCAGGGGGCCGGGGUGGGAGGCUGCGACUGAGCCCCCCAGGUCUCUUGAGGGAGAAGCCAGGUUCUGCAUGGCGGAAGUAGGCUGGGACUGGGACAGGGGUACCACUGAGGGGUGGAGGGGUGCCCUCCGUGGGCACGGGCAUGGCCAGCACAGGAGACCCUGGGGUGCACAGUACGGAGCAGUAUGUCCACUCAAACAGUGCCUGGUCCUGUGGCCCUAAAGAGGCUUCGGAAGAGAACCACGUCCACUCCGCACACACGUUCUGCUUUAAACAUGGAGGCCACAGGGACGCCGAGCACCUGCUGGGAGAAGGCAGAGGACAAAUACAUAUAUGCCUGCACACAGUCAUCUGUACCUUGGAGGUUAGAAGCAUAAAGUGAAAACCCCAAGGCCAUGUCCUCCAGACUCCCACAGUCCAGCAGAGGUUAAGCUGAGGCGGGUUCUGGAGCCGGACCGCCUGCAUGUAUAUCCCUGGCACAUCACAACCAGCUGUUUGGCCUUAAAAUAUACACCUUCUUCCAAAAAUGUAAGGUGGAAAUAUUAACACAGGCCUACCAUCUCUUAUCUCCAAAAGUAAAAACAAAGGUCUGAAGCCAA